AUGCGCCGCGCUCGAAAAGAGGCAGCGGCCGCGGCUGUGGUGCUGGACACGGGCGCGGCGCAUGUGCACGUCGCCUGCAGCGAGCAUCCAGACAUGCAUACGAUUCCCAAUGCCAUUGCGCGCACGAGACAGGGUGUGCGACGCCAGGUGCUGGUGGGUGACCUCAUCGAGAGCGAAUGCCAGGACUACGGCGGCCUGCAAUUGCGGCAGCCGAUCGACCGCGGCAUGAUCGUCGACUGGGCCGCCCAAAAGUCGGUGUGGGACCGCGCACUCAUCAAGGCACUUGGGUGCAAGACGACUACCGACACAUUCGGGCUGCUGCGUGGUCGCACGGUUAUAGUGACAGAGCCCUACUUUGCCCUACCCGAGCAGCAACGUGCGUUUGACAUGCUGCUCUUCGAAUGGUACGAGGCCGAUGCUAUUUGGCGCACAACGACGGCACAGCUCAUACCCUGGUCCCUCGCGACGCCACGCCCUGAGGCGUUGCUUGUCGUCGACAUGGGCCAUAGCUAUACCCACGCCGUGCCGAUCAUCCGAGACCAAGUCGUGUGGCACGCGGUACGUCGCUUGGAUCUCGGUGGAAAGGUCCUCACAAGCCUGCUCAAAGUUCUUUUUUCGUUCCGCCAGUGGAAUAUGAUGGACGAGACAUACCUCACCGACAAAAUGAAGUGCAGCUCGUGCUUUGUCGCUGCCUGCGCCAGAGACGAGGAGAGGCGCCGCUUUCCGCCACAGGACGCUUUGCCCAGCUCCUGGAGCUUUGAGCAGCUCGUGGAAAUGUUCCAUGCCGACGAAGAUAAUCCCAUGGUGCAGCAGUAUGUGCUACCUAACUAUGCCACACCCGAGGACGUCGCGGAUCCCAAGACAAAGUAUGGACAUGUUUUGUCCGGGCCCGCAGCGUACGACACACCCAUGCUUCCUGAAGACGAGCUCGAUGCCUUCAUUGCGGGCAGCACAACGCCCUCCCAACACGUCGCUUCGACGGAGCAUCAAGUCUUGCGCCUCGGACAGGAACGCUUCCAGCUCUUCGAGUCGUUUUUCGCGCCUAAGCGCAUAGGACUCGAUCAAGGCUCGCUGCCAGAACUGAUUGCCACCUGCAUCUCACACGUACACGAGGAGGCGCGCGAUAUGCUAUGGACCCAGAUCGUGCUGGUAGGUGGCUCUGCACGCGUGCCUGGACUCCGGCGGCGACUAUCCCAGGAGCUGCGCAUGUGGGCGCCGGACGAUGUGCCCGUGCACAUCCACAUCCCGCACGAUCCCAUCGAGGCGUCUUUGCACGGCGCACGAACCCUGUGGCAAGCAUCGCCCACAUCCGAGGCAGGGCGGUGCCUGGCCUCGCAUCUGGUCCAGCGCAGCGCAUGGCUCAACGCUGGCGGAAGCCACGCGCCACCCGGCGAACGUGGCGGAACGACUCUGGGCGACACUCACUUUGGAGGAUGGAAUACAACAUAG